GCAGGAAUCGAGCGCUGAUCUAUAAUUCCCGCGGCAUUUAACGCGGCGUUGGUUUUGGCUUUAGGCCCCCCACUCUCUCUCACUCUCUCACACACACAGUUGAAUAGUUGAUCAUUUCUUGAUGAAGAGCAAAAUGAUAUCAUUAUUUGAUUGACAGAUCGCAGUAUAUAUGAAUGUUUUUGAACUUCAACUUGAAGAUACAGCUUGUAAUGAAGCAGAAAUUGAUCAAUUGAUUCUUCAGAGGUAAAUUAACGUCUGAAUUAUCUUAGUAGAACAAGAAGAAGCUGAAUCUGAGAUGAUAAUUUUCUUCAAGAAGAAGAAGCGGAAAUCAAAUCUCGGAAUAUGAAGUUUUAUAUUUUUACGACUGGAUUAAAGAGAUUGAGUAUAUCGGGUAGUGCUGCCGGUGGAAUUUUUGGCAGGUGAUGAAGGGUAAGAAUUCACCGCACAAGGCGGUUACUCGCCGGAUUUGUCAACGGACGGUGGUUAUGCCGGCGAUCUUGUUGAUUGGAUUAAUUUUGCCUUUUCUCUUCGUUCGAAUUGCUUUUCUUGUUCUUGAGUCCGCCACAGUUUGCUCUUCCUCCAUAGAGUGUAUGAAAUGGAAGUUUUUCGGCGGGAGCAAUGCAACUCUACUCAGAGAAGAGUUGACAAGGGCCUUGCUGGAGGCAACUAAUUCUGUUGAUGAUAAGAGUGGAAUUGCAACAGUAGAGGGCUCAAAUUCACUAUCGUCUUUCGAGGAUCUUGUGAGGGGCAUGAUGUCAAACAGACAGGACAUUAAAAACUUCGCUUUCAACACCAAAGCCAUCGUAAGUGGAUCUAUGGAUAGAAUCAAGCCCGCUAAGAUGGGUGCAACCAUGUUGACCAUCUUCUGGUAA